AUGGUGAAACGCAGCUCGUGCGACACUGUGCACGGUUGCCGGAACAGUGCUUCCGAUCCAGCCCCACGCUGCCCUGGCGUCGAACAGACACGACGGUUGCGAAGACCACAUCAGUACUACCGACGCGUACCACUUUGGUUCUACCAUUUCAUUGCGGCGCAGAUCGACAAUAUGUUGAGCCUGCUGGGCAAGUCGGCGACGCAAAAGGCCAUCGAGGCUCACCUUGCUCAGCGUGAUGCUGCUCUUGGGUACCCGCUACCUGACGAGGCAUCUAGCAGCAACGGUCUUGUCGCGCAAGACAGCAAAAGUCCGUAUCGCAACUUGAACGUGGGUCUGGCAGAGCAUGACCUGGAUAUACUCUCCUCCGACAUUGCCGGCAUUACUUCAGGCAUCAAAGCAGGCCGUUGGACUUCGACGCAGGUGCUCUGCGCAUUCGUGCGUGCUACACGUCGAGCGCAGCUUCGAACCAACUGUCUGACCGAAGUGUUCAUCGACAAGGCGCUGCAGCGUGCAUCUGAGCUCGAUGUGCACUUUGCUCAAACGGGCGAGCUCGUCGGUCCUCUGCACGGCGUACCCAUCUCGCUCAAAGACAUGUUUCACUACGCAGGAAGUAAGACGACCCUCGGCUUCUCGGAAUGGAUCGCAAAGCCUCCCGAGCCCGUCACUUCGACCGUCGCUUCGAUCUGCGAGCACCUCGGUGCGCUGCUCUACGUCAAAACCAACAUCCCGCAGACGUUCAUGACGUUCGAAAGCACCAACCCCGUGUUUGGCAGCACCAUCAAUCCGUACAGUCCCGAUCAUACUUCGGGAGGUAGCUCGGGAGGCGAGAGCGCUAUCAUUGCGUGUGAUGGAUCGGCUGCUGGAUUGGGUACGGACAUCGCUGGAAGUUUGAGGAUCCCGUCGCACCAUGCGGGAAUCUACACGAUCAAGCCGAGUCCCGGACGGUGGUCGUAUGUCGGUCUCUGUGACUACGGGAAGGGUUUCGAGAGCAUCGAGGCUGUGGCAGGCCCGAUGUGCAGAAACGCUGCCGAUGUCGAGACGCUCUUUGUCGAAGUAGCAAGACAGCACGUGCCCAAAUGGCUGCGAGGCAAGAGAGACAAGAACGAUCCUGCUGUGCUUAAAGACGCAGCGGACAACGAUCUUGCCAUGGCAAAGUUCCACAUGUCGGGUCUGUCGACCGUCGUGCUCAACGAAGCAUGGCUCAACCCGCUAGGUGUAUCGGAAGCAAGAGGAACGCCGCUUCGCAUCGGCUACGUUGUUGGCGAUGGCAUCCAUCGCACUACACCUCCUUGCUACCGUGCGAUCCUCGAAUGCGUCGCUGCUAUCAAGACGAAAUACUCGGACAAACGCAUCGAGCUGGUCGAGAUCGAUCCCAAACAGCUGCAGACGCUCGAAGUCCUCCGCAUUUUCCUCCGUCUCUUCACUGCCGAUGGUUUCCGCAACCUCGAAGCAUACCUGGGCCCGGACAAACUCAUCCCGCAAAUGAAGAUGCCCGUCAUCCUCAGCCGAAUCCCCCGCUGGCUGCGCGGUAUUAUCGUCUUUUUUGUUCGAUACAUCAUCCGCGAUCCGAUCUACGCCGAGUUGGCCGGUUCUGGAGGUCGUCUUACUGCAGCCGAACACGCAGACGUGUUGGAGCGUCGCGAACGAUUCGUCGACAAGUGGAACCAUACCAUGUGGGAAGAUCUCGCGCUCGACGCGUUCAUCGCACCCACCCAACCUUGUCCAGCCGUCCCGCACGGUGGGGCCAGUCACACUUCGACCAUGGCAGGCGCAACCGUGCUGUACAACAUCGUCAAGGCUCCCGUUGCAGUCGUACCCGUCACACGGGUCGAUGCAUCGCGCGAUUCGCACAGACGGAAGCAUUUCGAAAAUGUCUCUUCCGACCAACGCGCGGCGUUCGACAGGUGGGACUCGGAUAGGAGGAUGAACGAGACCAGUAAGGUGUGCAAUUUCCUGCUCUACAGCGUGGCUUACAAUGCGGAGAAGAUGCACGGGUUGCCUGUGGGAGUGCAGGUGGUGACCAGACCGUACCACGAUGAAAAGGCAAUCGGGAUCAUGAGGCUGAUCGAUGAUGCUUUGCCGCCGCCGGAGAAGAGAGGUGGGGUUUGGAGGAACAGAUUGGACCCGCAAGGAAGCAGGAUCGAGGAUGGCGCUGGUAAGGAAGCUGUUGGAUUUGGACCCGGAACGCUCACCAAAGCUGUGUUUUCGUAG